GUUGUCCGUACACCCACUCAGUGUGACCCAACUUUCGUCCCGUUGUUACGAAACGCAGCUGAGAUCCCACUCAAAUAAACACCGUCAUCCUGAGAUCGCACACAAACAGUCGCGCAUUUCGGUCGGAAAUGGCGAGGAACUACGUUAGAGAGAAUGUCCAACUAUCAAGAUUCGGCGUCCUGGUGGCGCAGCUCGAAUCAAUUGUGGCGUCUGCCGCGCACAAGCCACCGGACGCCCUUCUCUGUUUUGAUCUUUUAUCUGAUCUCAUAUCAGCGGUGGAUGAGGAGCAGAAGGAAUCCAUACUACUGUCACAAAGGAAAUGUGAGGACGCACUUUAUUCCUUGCUGGUGCUUGGAGCUCGAAGGCCCGUACGGCAUUUGACAUCAGUGGCAAUGGCAAAGGUUAUAUUGAAGGGUGAUGGGAUCUCAAUAUACUCCAGAGCAAGCAGCCUUCAGGGGUUUCUUGCUGAUGGCAAGAAAAGUGAUGCUCAGAAAGUUGCUGGUGCUGCGCAAUGCUUAGGAGAACUCUAUCGCUAUUUUGGGAGACGGAUUCUUUCUGGAAUACUUGAAACAACUAAUAUAGUUGCAAAGCUACUAAAAUUUACUGAGGAUUUUGUGAGACAAGAGGCUUUGCACAUGCUUCGCAAUGCUUUGGAGGGUUCUGAAGGGAGUGCUUCAUCUGCAGCCUAUACGGAGGCCUUCCGCAUUAUAAUGCGGACCGGAGUCGGGGAUAAAUCUUUGAGUGUCAGAAUAGCUGCUGCAAGAUGUCUGAAGGCGUUUGCAAAUAUUGGAGGACCAAGCUUAGGGAUAGGGGAACUUGAGAAUUGCUUGUCAUAUUGUGUCAAGGCCCUUGAGGAUCCGGAGAAAUCUGUAAGAGAUGCUUUUGCUGAGGCUUUAGGAGCUUUGCUGGCUCUUUCGAUGAAUCCUGAUGCGCAGGUUCAACCAAGGGGAAAAGGUCAUGCUAUCCCUAAGAAGCUUGAAGGGGGUUUGCAAAAGCACUUAGCUACCCCAUUUACAAAAGUUGGUGGACCUCGUUUGAAGGACUUACGGGUUGGCAUCUCCUUGUCAUGGGUCUGUUUUUUGCAGGCUAUGUGCUUAAAGUAUCUUCACCCAGAUAGUGAGCUGCAAAAUUACGCUCUGCAGGUUAUGGGUAUGCUCCACACAGAUACAUCAGUUGAUGCUCAAGCACUGGCUUGUGUACUAUAUAUAAUGCGAGUAGGUAUAACUGAUCAAAUGAGUGAACCCACUCAGAGAGGCUUCUCAGUUUUUCUUGCCAAGCAGCUUGUAUCUUCUGGUUCUACCCCUUCCAUGCGAGUUGCUGCUUUACGAACUCUGGCAUAUGUCUUGAAAACACUUGGAGAGGUUCCACUUGAAUUCAAGGAAGUUCUUGAUGACACAGUUGUUGCGGCGCUUUCCCAUGAUUCACCAUUGGUGAGAGUUGAAGCCGCCUUGACUCUUCGUGCAAUGGCUGAGGUGGAUCCCUCCUGUGUUGGUGGCCUGAUUUCAUAUGCAGUUACGAUGCUUACUGCAGCAAGAGAUACUAUCUCAUCUGAGAAGGGAUCCAAUUUUAAGAGGGAGCUUGAGUCUCUACAUGGGCAGGCGGCAGUUUUGGCAGCACUGGUGUCUAUUUCUCGGAAGUUACCUCUUGGAUAUCCGACCAAAUUGCCCAAGUCUGUGCUGGAAGUUUGCAAGAAUCUGCUGAUGCAAUCUAACAGGAACCCUGUGGCAGCUGCUGUAGAAAAAGAAGCUGGAUGGAACCUUCUGUCGUCGCUGUUGACAUCUGUGUCAAGGGAGGAGCUUCACGACCAAGUCUUUGAUAUUCUUGCAUUAUGGGCUUCCACGUUUAGUGGGAAUGUAAAACAACACAUAAAUCAAGCUCAAGACCUCACAUCAGAAAUAUGCGUGUGGUCUGCUGCAAUUGAUGCGCUUACUUCAUAUGUGAAAUGUUUUGUUUCUCCUGACCCUGUCAACAGAGGAAUAUUGCUGCAGCCAGUUCUUUUCUACCUGAAUCGGGCACUGUCCUAUGUAUCACAUCCAGCAGGCAAAGAACAAGCUGGAAUAAAAUCUUCAAUGGACUUGUUUAUUACCCGAGUGUUAUUAGCAUAUGAAGCACUCUCAGACCCAGCUUUAUACAAAAGUGACCAUGGACGUAUUAUUCAGAUAUGCACUACUCCUUUUAGGGAAGCCUAUAGAUGUGAUGAAAGCUCUUGUCUGAGGAUAUUGUUAGAUAAGAGAGAUGCCUGGUUAGGUCCGUGGACUCCUGGAAGGGAUUUGUUUGAAGAUGAGCUUCGUUCUUUUCAAGGGGGUUAUGAUGGUGUAUUGACAUGUGUCUGGGAAAAUGAGCCUCCUAGUUUUCCUCAGCCUGAGACUAUAAGCAAAAUGCUGGUGAAUCAGAUGCUCCUCUGUUUUGGAACUAUGUUUGCUUCUCAGGAUAGUAGGGGGAUGCUCUCAUUUCUUAGCAUUGUUGAUCAGUGUCUGAAAGCUGGGAAAAAACAAGCUUGGCAUGCAGCUAGUAUUACCAAUAUAUGUGUGGGGUUACUAGCUGGAUUGAAGACUCUGCUUGCUCGACGUUCUGAACCCCUGCGAAUGGAUAUACUAAAUGCUGCUCAGGCUAUUUUUCAGAGUAUUUUGGCUGAAGGUGACAUUUGUCCAUCGCAACGUAGAGCAUCAUCGGAAGGGCUUGGUUUAUUAGCCAGGCUAGGAAAUGAUAUAUUUACUGCUAGAUUGACAAAACAAUUUCUUAGUGAUGCGGCUAGCAGUAUGGAUUCAAACUAUGCUGGAUCAAUUGCUUUUGCUCUUGGCUGCAUCCAUCGCAGUGCAGGAGGAAUGGCCUUGUCAAGUUUAGUUCCUAUUACAGUGAAUGUUGUCUCUUCGCUUGCUAAAAGUUCAAUAUCAAGUUUACAGAUUUGGUCCUUGCAUGGACUUCUAUUGACCAUUGAAGCAGCAGGCUUGUCUUAUGUAUCUCAGGUUCAGGCAACACUUGGCCUUGUUGUGGAAAUUAUCCUGUCAGAGGAGAGUGGUUGGGUUGAUAUGCAGCAGGCAGUGGGCCGCCUUAUUAAUGCUAUUGUUGCUGUUAUAGGUCCUGAACUUGCCCCUGGGAGCAUUUUUUUCUCCCGCUGCAAGUCGGUUGUUGCAGAGAUCAGCUCCUGCCAAGAAACAGCAACGCUUCUCGAGAGUGUGCGCUUUACUCAACAGCUUGUUCUUUUUGCACCACAAGCGGUUACUGUGCAUUCCCAUGUGCUGACGCUCCUCCCUACUCUGUCCUCAAGACAGCCGACUCUGAGACAUCUAGCUCUGUCCACACUAAGACACCUUAUAGAAAAGGACCCGGUUUCCAUUAUUAAUGAACAAAUAGAAGAAACCUUGUUCCACAUGCUGGAUGAGGAAACUGAUACAGACAUUGGCAAUUUAGCUCGUACAACAAUCAUGAGGUUGCUUUAUGCAUCAUGCCCUUCGCGUCCAUCCCGCUGGCUGUCGAUAUGCCAUGACAUGAUUCUUUCAACAUCAUCAAGACAUAAUGCAAAAAAGGCUAACAAAAUGGAGAAUGAUUCUUCAACUGGUCUGGAUGGUGAGAAAGGAUUGAGUCUUGGGGAAGACGAUGAGAACAUGGUAUCCAGCGCGGAGAAUCCACCAAUUCGCAGUUAUACACUUGACUACACCAGUCCUAACUUUUCAAGGGAUAAGCACCUCAGAUAUCGAACAAGAGUUUUUGCUGCUGAGUGCUUGAAUCAUCUUCCUGAAGCUGUUGGAGAGAAUCCUUCUCACUUUGACCUCUCAUUGGCAAAGGGACAACCUGCAAAGGGGCCUGUAUCCUGUGACUGGUUGGUUCUUCAACUGCAAGAUCUCAUUUCUCUUGCUUAUCAGAUAAGCACCAUUCAGUUUGAAAAAAUGCGGCCAAUUGGUGUGUCACUACUAUGCACAAUUAUGGACAAGUUUGCAGCAAUCCCGGACCCUGAGCUUCCUGAUCACCUCCUUCUGGAACAGUAUCAGGCCCAGCUGGUGUCUGCUGUUCGAAGUGCCUUGGACUCAUCGUCAGGCCCAAUUUUACUGGAAGCAGGGCUGCAGCUAGCCACUAAGAUGCUGACGAGUGGGAUCAUCAGUCGAGACCAAGUUGCUGUCAAGAGAAUAUUUUCAUUGAUUUCACGGCCACUCAGUGACUUCAAUGAGCUUUACUACCCAUCAUAUGCUGAAUGGGUCUCAUGCAAGAUAAAAGUAAGGCUUCUCACUGUUCAUGCUUCUCUCAAGUGUUAUGUAUUUGAAUCCUUAAGGAGACAAGGGGAUGAAAUUUCUGAUGAGUAUCUAGCUCUACUGCCACUUUUUGCAAAAAGUUCCAGCAUUCUGGGGACAUAUUGGCUUUCCUUUCUGAAGGACUACAUCUGUAUUCGUUUCCACCUACACUUGGAAAAUUGGAAACCAUUUCUUGAUGGAAUCCAAUCAUCAGUUGUAUCAGUUGAGCUGCAACCAUGUCUAGAAGAAGCUUGGCUUGUGAUUCUGCAAGCCCUGGUGUUGGAUGCAGUUCCUGCAGGUUCUUGUGUGAAUGAAUCAUCUCCAACAGACAGAUCAAGAAACAUACCCACUUCAGGAUACAGCAUGGUUGAGUUGCAAUUAGACGACUUUCAGUUUCUGUGGGGCUUUUUACUUAUGCUUCUAUUUCAGGAGCAAGAUGUUACCCUUGGCGAACACAUCAUACCGAUGUGUUGCAUCAAAUCCAAGUUCAGUAGCGACAUCUCAGUUGAUGAUUCCAAUUCUGUGUCUUCAAACAUUCUCUUCCCUGUGUUUCAAUUUAUGUCCACUGAAAGAUUCUUCUCCUCUGGGUUCCUAACUGUGGAUGCUUGCAGAGAAUUGUUGCAGGUGUUUUCAUAUUUAAUUUUCAAGGAAGCUACAUGGGAUUGUCUUGCCGUCUUUUUUCUAUCACAGGUUAUUCAGAACUGUCCUAAAGAUUUCCUUAAUGUGGAGAAUUUUGCAUAUUUGGCAGCAGAAUUGUGUGUCACUUAUCUUUUCAAACUUCUAUUAAGUGACAAUAUGAAUUCUCAGCACCCUUCAGGCUGGGAAAAUAGUAUAUCUGCUGCACUUACCGCCGCUUCAACACUAUUGGAACGUUCUGAAGCUCAGAUGCAGCUAAAACUAUUGUUGCCUUUUCUCUUGGUUGGUUACAAGUGCAUUGGAGAAGCAUCAACGGAGAUAUCCCUAUCGAGAAUAUAUGACUUUGUCCAGUCCAUUGCUUCAUUGUUAAAGAGACUUAGCAAAUCUGAACUUGGGGCUGAUAGCAUUACCCAUUUGGUAUCAAUAACCAGAGCUUGUCUAAAUGCAACAGUUAGUCUGACUAACGAUUGCGUCCAGGCAAUUCAUCAACUGGAAAAUAAGAGGUCCAGCUUGCACAAGAUGCUGCUUCUGAAGCUUGCAUAUUCUGUUGAACAAUUCUUUUCAUAUGCCACUCUAGCUUUUGUAUUUGAAGGUCCUGGAGAAAAUCAAGAGAGCAAUCCUCUCUUAUCCAGAGGGUUGCAUCUUAGCAUUCAGUGUAUCGAGUCUGUGCUUACUGAUUCGGACAUACAGAUCCAAGCAAUCGGCUUGCAGGUUGUGAAAGUCAUGCUACAGAAGGGACUUGGUGCAGAAUUUAAUGCUUUCUUGAUAUUUUUUGUUGUGGAGCUCGUUGAGGGUUUGUUCAGCGUAGUUCGUAACAUUUUAGAGAGGCCAAUUAACAGAGAAGCAGUUGCUAUUGCUGGAGAAGGUCUAAAAAUUCUAAUGCUUCUGCAAACAUUGUCAAAAGGAAGUGAUUAUCAGAAGGGUCUAAUACAUCUGCUUUUGGAAGCUAUUCUCAUGAUUUUUUCAGCAUCCAAUGAUUCACUUUCCCAAGAAGCUAAUGAUUUGCGAAACGUAGCUGUAAUACUUGUUUCGCAACUUGCUCAAAUUCCUAGUUCAGCAGCUUCCAUCAAGGAUAUUCUAUUAGCAAUGCCUGCUGGACAAAGACAGCAACUUCAGGACAUAAUCCGUGCUUCCGUCAAUCAAGAUAAGGACCCUAAACCAUUAUCAUCCCCUGGACCACCCUUAGUGAUAAAGUUACCUACACAGACAGAGCAAAGUGGAGAGAAGAAUUCCCUUCUAUUAGACCCUUCAGAAGAGUCUAACAACAGUAGUUCAGAAGAGGAAGAUGAUUGGGAUACUUUCCAGUCCUUUCCAGCCUCAGGAAGUGAAACUAUUCCAGCUCCAGAAAGUAGAGACAGUGACCACGAAGAAUCUUCAGCUUCCCUGUCUCUUAGCAAUAAGGAAAAUCUUAAUGUUGAAGAUCAUGAGCCUGCUGAUGCUGCAAGUGCAUUCAACAAAGCAGAUAGUGGCAAUCAGAUGGAAGAAAGCGAUAAUCCUGAAGAUGGUUCGAACAGUGGUAAGCAAUCUGAUGAGAUGGUUCCAGGCCUCGCAGCCGAAGAGUUGCCCAAUAUUCAAUCAGAUGAAGUUGGGGAAGAACACACUGAACCUUUUGCAAACUAUUUCAAGAAAACUGAGAUGGUACCAAACCAUGAAAAUGAUCAGCCUUUACCAGAUGUUCAACAUUUGAGUAGCACUGCAGAGCAUGACAGAGAAACUUCCCAUGACAAUGAGCAAGGAUUGCCCGAUUUUCAACCUAUGGAAUUCUCUAUGGAGCAUGCUCAACCAUCCACAGAGCCCUAUGAUGAGGGGACGGAUAUUCCUGACAAUGGCAAUAUAAUAGAAAAGAAUGAACAAGAAACGCCUGUGGUGUCAACAAAUGAUUCUGAAGGGAACUCCAUCCAGGAUUCUGAUUCGGGGGUUCAUGAGAGAAACAGUGAGACACCUAUUUUGUCCAAUACUGAUGAUCAAGAAGAUGAUGACAAAAAGUUGCCUGGCAGUUAACUCAUGUAACCAGGGGAAUACCAAUUGUUCCAAAUCACUUGAUGACUAAGUACGGUUGUACGUCUAAUAUGUUGGUGUACUUAGGCAAGGAAAAAUGAGCACACAGUUAUGUCCAGUAUUUGUCAUGUUUUGGUAUAGAUUAGAGGUAUUUUUGUUAGCAAGCAAGUAAAAGCUCGACUGUGAUUUCAUUUUGCAUUGGCUGAUGACACUCUUCCUAUUUUCAGAUGACCGUAAAGGUUGACUCUUCUAUAUGCAAUUGAUACCUGGGCAGAGAUGCGUACUUUCUGUAACAUUCAGCUUUUCAUGAUACUGGGUUCGAGAAAUUUUAGGCUACCAAAACAUUGGUAGUGCUAGUACUUCGUGAGUUUGCACCACUUAUGAAGUGGACAAUUGAUUUGUAAUCACAAGCAAUUAUCUU